AGGGGGCCAGCCCGGUCUAGCAAAUGAGAAUAUAGAGAAGUGGGGAGUCCGACGGUGAAUUUUACGUCAAGCAUGAGAUGUGGGCGUGAAGCAGGGAGAGAAAAAACACGAGGCAUUGCCGCCUUCUCUUAAUGGGGUGCACCAUUUCACUUCUCUGCGCCUCACCGCACGCGUUAAAGACGACGGGAAAAAUCACAAAUAGUUUCCGAAUAGCUGCGUUAACUAAACGGCGAUGUUCAACGCUCAGAUUUGGCUGUCUUUUCCCCUCACAAAUAUCUAAAAUUGGCAUAUACUCCAAUGGUUUUAUUGGAUGUAGGAUGGGAUUAACUUUGACCGGAAGAUAUAUUUCAUUGUUUCUUGCUGUUCAAAUAGCCUAUUUGCUGCAGGCGGUUCGAGCGGCAGGGAAAUGUGAUACAGUAUUCAAAGGUUUCUCGAACUGCCUUCUUCGACUGGGAGAUGACAUGGCCAACUAUCCACAGGAGCUGGACGAGAAGGAAAACCUUCAGACCAUCUGCACUUACUGGGAUAAUUUCCAUUCAUGUGCGACCACUGCUCUGGCAGACUGUCAGGAGGGAGCCACAGAUCUCUGGGAGAAACUGAAAAAAGAGUCCAGAAGUCUGGAAUUCCGCGGCAGCCUGUUUGAACUGUGUGCGGGCGGGAACGGCGCGAGCCGAUCAACGGUUCCGUUCGGCUUAACGCUGAUCCUAACGGCACUGUCUGCUCUCGUGACGUGGCUUCAGUUUUAACCCACGGGUAAAGAAGAAAACACAAAACAACGAAAAUAAGAAAGAAAAGAGAAGAGUGGAAAAAGACAAGAAUACAAAAAAAAAAAAAAAAAAUUAUAAUAAUAAAAAAAUAAUGACGGUCAAAAUUCAUCCUCACACAAAUGGAUUUAUAUAUUUCAUCUGGAGAAAAAGACAUUUUUUGCAAGAGACAAUGGCAAGACGAAGUCUACUGGGAAUGUUCAAGCACAUUUGCCUGACUCUGGGUCGAUUUCAUUAAAUAUUUAUUAGAUAUUGAGUUGAAAUGACGGCCUGAAUUUCUGAAAGGUCCUGGUUAGAAUCGUAGUAUUUUAUAACACUAGGCCUACUGUCUGUUAAGAAUGAAUUAUUACUGUAGGAUUUUCACAUUCUCAAUGACCAUCAUGCUUAUGAGUAUACACUGUAAAAAAUUUAACGUAAAAUCAACAGUAACUUACUGGCAACAAAUAUCCAGCAAGCUUCAGUAUUUUAUUCCACGGUAAUAUUACUGUAAAUCUGACUACAGUAGUUCACAGCAUACUGUAUAAUAACUUACAGUAUAUUUAUACUGUAAAAUUAAUUACAGUUCUUGUUUUUGCACUGUAUUUUAAAACACUGUAAAGUUACUAUGCAGUAUAAUUGAUUACGGUAGUUUUUAUAUUCACAUAUUAUAGUUUUUAUAUUCACAUAUAUACAUAUUAUGACUAAAUACAAUCUGU